GGCGGGGCCUAAAUGAUAACUGUUUACUGUUGUCUGCAGUGAUAUCAUAAACGCUGCAAUAUGAAGACACACUCAUGUGACUGCCACUCGUCUCCAUCCCUGGUCAAGACUCAGGUGCUGUAAAAAAGGGCAAAAGGUAAAGUCAUGAUGAGGAGUAAAAGGAGGAAGGAUGCCAGCUGAGCCCCCUCAUGCCUCAGACUAAAGAUCAACAGAAAAUGGCUCAGUCCGUGAGGCGACCAGACACUUUAGGAGCCAUGAACCUCAAAUCUCAAGGAGACAAGACCAGGACAAGCUACUUCUGCAAUGUGAAGUCCAGGGACUUCCUGGGAUCUAAACAGCACUUUAGUGUCUAAAGUAGCUGGACCGUCAGAUGGCAGCACAAGCGGCGAGGGCGUCCCAGGUGACACGGUGUUCAGCGUUUCCUCACAGUUCAACAGAGGUGACGUGUCCUCGCGGGAGGAAAAGCAGCUGGUCUCGAAGGUGAAGAGUACCUCUAUCGGUGAAGGGUCCUCUCAGCCAGAACUGGACUCGGAACCAAAAGAGAAACCAGACGAGGAGGAGGAUCGAGAUUGUUUGGAGACACUGAGCGCUCUGCCUCAGUCCCCCUCGCCAGAGGCAGAGUAUGACAAAUUACUGGAUGUGGAGGCGGUCUCGCUGCCUGAUGGACAGCUCUGCCUCUUGGCACUUCCGCCAGAAUGCUGUCAGGGAGAGGGUCCGGAGGCCGUGCUGUACCUCAAACUGAUCUGUCGCUACAUCACUGACGGCAAGGGCGUGGUGGCGGGUAUCCUGUUGGUGACGUCCAAUAAAAUCUUCUUCGACCCGAGUAAGACCCAUCCUCUGGUGAAGGAGCACGGCUGCGAGGAUUACCAUCUGUCAUGCUCUGUAGACACGCUGGCAUCUGUCUCCUUCUUCUCGGACAUUUCACACGUUCACUUCAACACCUGCCAGCAGAGGAGAGAAGGAAAAGGAAAGAGGAUUUUCCGGAAGCUCAAAAACGCUAAAAGCCGAGCGGGCGGCCUCAGAAACCAUAAAGAGUUCGAGUCUCGUCCAGCUCUGGUUUUAUCAGAGUCCAAGGUUGUUUCUGAGGAGGAGGAGGAGGAGGAGGCAGAGAGCAGGGACAUGGUGGAGGCCGAGCGGGAGCUGGACGCCGGCCCUCUGGAGGUGCUGUCCGAGGAGUCUGCGGGCGGCCUGGCGGUCCUGAGCAGCGCCACUACUUUCUGCUGCGGAGGCCAAGAGACGGAGAAGUCCUCCGUGAAGACUCGGAGCGCAGCUCCUCGGAGGARGUCGUCGGGGAGUCUCGGGGGUUGGGUGUUUGUGCGGCUGCGGGUUCAGUCGCCUGCGGGAAAGAAGAAAGGUUCAACCAAAACUUUACCCAGGAGGGACACCUGGCUGGCUCUGUCGCAGGAAAGCUCCGACGAGCUGCGGACCUACCUGAAGCGCCUCCGGCCGGACCUGCGUAUCCUCGAGGGAGAGGAAGCAGGGGACCACGAUGAAGAGGGGUUUGUUCUUAUCGAGGACAAAGGGGAGGAGGAGGAGGAAGAGGCGUUCCAGACGCAGUUCAGCUCGGGGGACGACUGGGAGAUGGUGCUGAUGGAGGAGAGUAAAGACAAAGCCAGUCUGGUGAUUGACAGGGAACCUGAAGGCCUCGGUCAUGUGGUGGAGGGCAGCCACAUUUUAGGAGCGUCACACAUCAGGGAGCUGAGUAAGGAGCUGCCACCCAGGAUGGUGGGCRUCACGUGGCAGCUGGCCUACAGCACGUCUCGCCACGGCGCCAGCCUCAAGUCUCUGUACAGAAAACUGGGCGCCGCAGAUUCUCCUGUGCUGGUUGUCAUCAAAGACGCACUCGACGAGGUUUUUGGAGCCUUCCUCUCUCACGCUCUCAGACCCAGUGAGGCAUUCUACGGCACGGGAGAAACCUUCCUCUUCAUGUUGCAUCCUCGUUUCAAGUGUUUCAGGUGGACUGGAGAGAACUCCUUUUUUAUUAAAGGAGACUUGGACUCUUUUGCUGUUGGUGGAGGAAGUGGUCACUUCGGGCUGUGGGUGGAUGAGAGCCUGUAUCGGGGCCGCAGCAGCCCUUGCUACACCUUCAACAACUGCUGCCUCGCUGAGACGGACGACUUUCGCAUCAUGGAGCUGGAGGUGUGGACGUUCAGCAGCUGAGGAGAAAAGGACUUCAUCUCGUCUCACUGCUGAGCAGCUUUAAUCAAAAAAAAAACAUUUAUCAUUUAUCACCAAGCAAUUAAAACACUGAGCUGCUUCAUUUCAUGAUGAGAUCCAUCUAUAAUAUCAACAACUGGAUUUAUUCGUGAUCGUGUCCUGUGGAUUUUAGUGAACUUGGCGAGGCUCGGAGCCUGAGCGGGACUUUCAGGCAGCGGAUUGCUUUUUAAGUGCUCGGCUCCUUCCUGUGGGUUUGGCGGUGAAGCUGAACUGGACUGAAACUGGAUUCUUUGAAUCCUCCUCUUUGAACGUCUCGGAGAAUGCACUUUGCUCUCAAUGUGAAUUAGCAACUUCAAUAGAUUUUAUAAUUUAUCCUGUAAAUACGAUGUCUGCCACGUGACCUAAUAAUAAUAAUAAUAAUAAUAAUAAUAAUAAUAAUAAUAAUAAUAAUAAUGCAUGACUGUGCUUUCAUGGAACUGAUCCGUUCACGUGUAACGAGGAAGAGAUUUCUGUCCAGCCAACAUUUUUCUCUUCUCAACCGCAAAAUAAUUUAUUAGUCAUCUUUUUCAGCGGACACGGCGUACAUUAUUACUGACUACAUGGAGCUACGGUUUGAGAGAAGCUGAGAUGAGUCUUUCAUAUCAUUCCUUGUGUUUGAAACGCUGAGUCUUACACAAUUGUUUCUGUAUGUSGUAAGGAUGAUCAUGUAGGCUGAUUUUGCUCACUGUACAGUAUUGUGGAUAAGGUAAUAAAAAACUUAAGAUGA